CGCGGGGCGGACAAUAGCGCGCUGGCGCACCUCCACGCGCACACAUUCGUAGAGUGGAGCCUAAACUUCGGUCAGGACACAGGUCCGCUUUUAGACAAACUUUCAAACUUAAAUAAGCUUUUAGGGACAAGCACUCUGAGGAAUACAGUCUCUUUUCAGUUGCCUUCCUGCACACAAUGGAAGAGUAAGCUAUUUCUUUUUCUUCAAAUGGGAAUUACAUGCGUGCGUGAAACUUUGGCAAUUUUUUCUCCUCAGUGAUUGUCAGACCUGUUUUGCUCAAAACAUGCCGGAGCGAAUAAGCAUUUCGGACUUCGUGGUCCUCACAAACGAGGAUUUGUCUUCGCCGGGGACUUCAACUUUCCAGUCCAAAAUGAGCGACUGUCGGAACACAGUUUCAACCGUGGAGGAGUCUCUGGAGAUGGACCACACAACUCUACAGAGGAUGAAGAAGAUGAUCAAAGCUAUACACACGUCUGGACUCUCCCAUGUGGACAACAAGGAGCAGUAUGUUGAGGUGCUGGAGAAUCUGGGGAAUAGCCACCUGACCCAGGACAACAACGAAGUCUCCACAGGCUUCCUCAACCUGGCUGUGUUCACCAGAGAGGUCACGGCCCUCUUCAAAAAUCUGGUACAAAACCUCAACAACAUCAUGGCAUUUCCAUUGGAAAAUGUGCUGAAGUCAGAGCUCCGGGACAGCAGACUUGAGCUCAAGAAACAGAUGGAGAAGAGUUGGAAGGAAUAUGACAUAAAAAUAGGGAAGCUAGAGAAGGAGAAGACCAGGCAGCUGGGUCUGAUCAGGACUGAAGGAUCAGACGGAGGGGAGGACAUGGAGAGAGAGAGAAGGGCCUUUCAGCUGCAAAUGUGUGAGUAUCUUUUGAAGAUCCAGGAACUCAAGGUGCGUCAGGGCCCUGAUCUUCUCCAGAGUCUCAUCAAAUAUUUCCAGGCCCAGCUCAGUUUCUUUCAGGAUGGGCUGAAGGCUGCAGAGAAUCUUACUCCCUUUAUCGAGAAGCUCGCCGCUUCUGUUCACACGGUGCGUCUGGAUCAGGACGAGGAGGUGAAACAACUCACUCAGUUGAGGGAUUCUCUCAGGUUACUUCUGCAAGUGGAGGGGAAAGAGGAGUACCUGAAUAGAAAGAACUCUGGCAACGGGUAUAGCAUCCACCAACCACAGGGCAACAAGAAGUACGGGACGGAGAAAUCUGGUUUCCUGCUCAAGAAGAGUGACGGGAUCAGGAAGGUUUGGCAGAAGAGGAAGUGUGGAGUGAAAUUUGGCUGCCUGACUAUUUCCCACAGUACGAUCAAUCGACCGCCAGCCAAGUUGAACCUGCUGACCUGUCAGGUGCGACCGAACCCAGAGGACAGGAGGACCUUUGACCUGGUCACUCAUAAUCGGACGUACCAUUUCCAGACAGAAGACGAGCAGGAAUGUAUGAUUUGGGUGUCAGUGUUGCAGAACAGUAAGGAGGAGGCCCUGAACACAGCGUUGGUAGGAGACCAGCUCCACCUCCAGGACAGCGGGCUCCAGGAUCUCUCCCGAGCCAUCAUCGCCGAGCUUCGACACAUGCCCGGCAACGAGGCCUGCGCUGACUGUGGAGGACCAGAUCCAACAUGGCUGUCGACCAAUUUGGGCAUCCUGACCUGUAUAGAGUGCUCUGGUAUCCACAGAGAGCUGGGUGUCCACUACUCCAGGAUCCAGUCACUCACUCUGGACCUACUGAGCACCUCUGAGCUUCUGUUGGCUGUCAGUAUUGGCAACACUAGAUUCAAUGACAUCAUGGAGGCGGGCCUUCCAAACGACUCGGUCAAACCGUUGCCGCAGAGUGACAUGAAUGCCAGGAAGGAGUACAUUGUGGCAAAGUACGCCGAGCGUCGGUACGUCCUCUGCAGAGAAGAAGCGGACCCUGGCCGGCUGAACGACGCUGUGAGGAGUCGCGACCUCACUUUGCUUCUACAGCUCUACGCUGAGGGAGCGGACCUUUCCAAACCGCUCACACUGUCUGAUGGACAGGGGAUCAAAGAGACAGCUCUCCAUCUCGCUGUGCGUCUGGAGGAUAGAAGCUCACUGGCGAUGGUGGAUUUCCUCUGCCAGAACAGCAACUGUCUGGAGAAGAGAACAGCAGAAGGAAACACAGCUCUUCACUACAGCGUCCUGCAUCACAAGCCCGAGUCUCUGAAGUUACUGCUCAAAGCAAAGGCAGCCCUACACACAGUGAACUCUGCAGGAGAGACGGCCAUUGAUUUUGCACGGAGGCUGCAGCACGCGCAGUGUGUAGAGCUGUUGGAGCUGGCCCAGAGUGGGAAGUUCAACUCUCAGAUCCACGUGGAGUUCAUGUGGGAGACACAGUCUCAGGAGUUUUAUGACAGCGAGGAUGACCUGGAUGAGAGGGUGAGCCCAUUGCCCAAAAACCGUUCUCCUUUGCCCUCAAAUGGAGGUGGUGGAUCUUCCUUUGCCCGCUGGAGUGUGGGUCAUGGUGCCAAUGGUAAUGCUGGAAGCAGGCCUUGUCAGACAUAUGAGAAUCUAGAAUUCUUAUACAGAAAUCCUCCAGUCCCUGGAGCAUUAAUGCCCCCACCACUGCCAGUUAAAUCCAUCCAGAGAGGUCGCUCGGACCCCCAGAUUUCGGUCACACCGCAGGAAGGUAACCCCCUUCCACGACGCUGCUCUAACCCACCCUCACACUCCUCCAGUCCCAAGGCACAGGCCAGACAUGGGCCUCCUUCACCCAACACGGAAAACCAAGGCCAAGGGGCGAGACCACCAAGGUCUCACAAUGGACAGGGAGUGCUGCUCAGGGGAGGCCAACCUGGUGCUACUUCUGGCUCUCAAGGCAGCGUCACGCCAACAUCCUCUCAGAGUCACAUCGGGCCUGUCAGUUCAGAGAAGACCACAUCGUAUCGUCGGACCAGCAGUCUAGGAUGCAGCCAGGGGAAGUCUCAGAGCUGUGUGGGCAGCCAGGAGGAGCUGUACUGCAGCUUAAUGGGGAAUAAUCCCGGCCUCACCCCAGCACCAGCGCCAGCUCCCGCACCGGCACCGGCACCGGCAUCCUCGCCUAUCGUGAGCUGUGUCCCACGACCCCGCAGGAAUGCUAUGGUUUCUGGCAGCAGGCCACAUCAGAAGCGUGUCAAAGCUUUAGUGGACUGCAGAGCAGUCAGUUCUGAGCAGCUUGCCUUUUUCAAAGAUGAGAUCAUUGUGGUCACAGCCACUCAUGACCCCCACUGGUGGAUUGGUCACAUAGAGGGGGACACAUCCAGGGGUGGGACCUUUCCUGUAAACUACGUACACAAACUAACGGCCUGAAGGGACGUGGACAGAGGAACUGAACCAGCACGGGAUGCUUACUGGAAACGUAUCUUCUUCACGCUGUGGAUUUUAUCUACAGGAGGACAGUGUUAAUCUCCUAGAUCAAACUUGGAAUAUUUCCUCAUGAGGAUAUAUUAGCCAAAAGAUACCUGAGGAUAUAAAUGGAACUGUUUUAGGGAUUUUAUACCUUCUUUUUUUUUUAACAUUUAUACAUUCUGGAAACCAACAAGGGAACUGAGACUGGACCAUAUCUUUCACCCUGUUGGUCUGUCCUUGGUUUUUAAAUUGCAGUUGUCUAAAACCAUAAACCAUUAUUAAUAUGUACAAAUGCAUUUGUGGCAGGGGUACAAAUUGCUCUAAUGUCCAUUUAACUAUUAAUGUCACAUUUAUAUUGCAGAUGUUUAAGUUGUCUAUACUGAUCUAGGACUUUUCACUAGAGGCAAAACUUACCUGCGGGGCGAAACCCUUUUUAAGGCACUUUAAACUCAUUGAGAAGAAAUGUUGUGAAGAGUUGGCGGAGCUGUAAAUGUGUACCCAGCCAGCUGCUGUGUAAAAGUAUGUAGCUGCUUUUUGUUCUGAACGGAAACGUUUUAGUCUUUUAACUCACAGUAUACUGACACUUUGAUUUGAGGUUCAAACCUGCCCAGUGUCUGUUGCAGCCUGCCCUGGGACUCUCAAAGUGACUUUGUGCCUGAUAGUCUGUCUCCAACAAAACGGCAGGCGUCUGGGCAGAAGAUCUGAAACUUUAGCUCAGCCAUCUUGACUCUGGGCACCGCUCGCUGGCUGCAAGGAGUGUGGAGGAUCCAGUUUCUUCUGGCUCCAGGCAUCCUGUCUCUGGAGAACCUGGAAUAACGUCAGUGUGUUAUAAAACAAAAAACAAAAAGAGAGACUCUGUUCUACCAGGAAAUGGCUCUUAAAGAGAGCUUGUUAGUAACAGCACCCCACUGCAGUAAUUUGUUCACUGAACACACGCACUCACUGUGGACACGUGUGCAUCACACAAAAUAUACACCGGCACACUUGCACUUACUGUACACACAGAGUAGCUUCCAAGAUUUGGGGACCUUUAGGGAAGAACGGAAAGUUGGAACUGCUCCACUUUUUAUACUAGUAACAAAUACACAAAUAUAACACAUUUCACGGCUAUAACUCACAAUUUGUUGUACAUACUUGUCUGAAGAUGUCCACCGAUGUACAGUAUAUAUAACCUUUUUUCUCAUCUGUUAUGCAUUAUAAAGGAUUGUAUCAUUACAGAUAGUGUUACUCCAUGUUGGUAAUCUGAUGUCCUCUGUUUUGUUUCAUUAGUUGUCUAAACAGACAGUGAUGCGUAAAGACGGGCAGGAAGCAGGUGUCCACUUACUUUUAAUCAUUCCUGAGUUCAAGUAAACAAGUCCAUUUGUUUGUCAAUGUUUCUGCCGCUGAUGUCUUGUUACAGUGUUGAUGAUUAAGCAAACGAAUCACAAGACAGACGUGUUAUCGGAUAAUUGUGAAGCAGCGGAUGAUUACAUUAGAUAGGAACUCUGUCAAAUGUAAACAAUAGUAAAUUAACUCACGAGUCAGUAUAUUUUGUAAAUACAUGCAAAACAUGUUAAAUAAAGUACCAUACAGGGUUUUAUAGGUGAUAUUUUUCUGUAUCUGGUAUGAGUAAAGUUGACUAAUGUAGUGUGUCUGGCUCAAAGCCAAUGUGCCAAGUCUUUAUACUCAACCCAAGCACAUACUGCUUACAUUAUAGAGCGAGUGUGGGCACAUAUGAAACCUAUUUCCUAGUAAUGUGUAUAAAUGCAUCCACAUUUCUCUGGCUGGAUUGUGCAAAUAGUCCAAUAAUAUAAAAAACUCCAUAGAAUCAAAUACAUAACAUACAAGUAGAAUAAGACCAGCUAACUAUUUAAUUUGGUAACAAGCGUCAUGCUAUUCCCUAUUGAAAUAUCUUCCCAGGACCUUCCUUGUGCUCAAAACACCUCCAUUUUAUGGCCUACAUCUUACAUUAACGUGGCCCGUCUAAAGGAGACAGUAUUACUCUCAAUGAAACUACUCAGAUGAAAAUAUUCUGCAAUUGAAAUUCAAUAAAACUGAACAAAUAGAA